UGACUGCAUCCAGCUGAAAGUGCCAGUGAUUCAGCAGCUGUACCACUGGGACUGCGGGCUGGCCUGCUCCAGGAUGGUGCUUCAAGGAACAUGAGCUUAGGUGCAGGAGAAAUACCUAUUUAGAUGUCCACUUAGUAGAUAUGAAGCAGAAGAUUUUCAUUUCUCUCCAUCCCUUCUGCCAAGACGUUAGUCCGUGUGCUGGUACCUGAAUCAUUUGGACAAUGAUGAAUUUCAGAAAGCCAUCCAGGAACUCCAGUUAACAAAGAGUAUCUGGACUAUUGACCUGGCCUACCUAAUGCGGCACUUCGGAGUUAGGCAUAAAUUUUGCACCCAGACACUCGGAGUGGACAAGGGCUACAAAAAUCAGGUACAGCCUGGCCAGCAGCAGUGUUUAGCUUCCACACUUUCCCCACCACCGUGCCUCAGCCUUGACCUGGAAGAUCCACCUCUAGAGUCAUUUUACAGGAAGCACUUUGACACAGAAGAGAAUCGAGUGAAUCAGCUCUUUGCACAAGCCAAAGACUGCAAGGUGCUGGUGGAGAAAUGCACAGUAACCGUUCAAGACAUCCAAAACCACCUGUCCCAGGGUCAUGUAGCCAUUGUCCUUGUGAACGCGGUCCUGCUACUGUGUGAUCUUUGCUCAAGUCCUGUCAAAUAUUGCUGCUUCCUUCCCAUUGGACAGAAGUGUUUCUGCAGGAGCCCUGACUACCAGGGCCAUUUCAUUGUGUUAUGUGGCUACAACAAAGCCUCAGGGAGUAUCUACUACAACAACCCUGCCUAUGCUGACCGAACAUGCUGCACCAGCAUCAGUAACUUCGAGGAAGCCAGGACAAGUUAUGGCACUGAUGAAGAUAUUCUGUUCAUCUACACAGACAGCUGACAUCCACAGGGCACACUCCUGCUCCUUCCUGCACAGCUUGCACGGCAGCUGGCUGCUCGUCUCAGGACUCCCCUGCACACACCUCACUCCUGAACUGCAGUGGGACCUUCAACAAGGGAGGCUUUAUAGACAUUGACAGGACUGUAGUUCAAUGCUGUCUUUACCUUUUUUUUUUUCUUUUUUUCUGAUGAUGUAUCUGAUUUUGCAAUGUCUGUCUCUGGUUUUUUUGGUGGGGUUUUUUUUUUCCAUAAUUUUCAACAUUGCACAUUUGACAGCAGUUCUAAAAUAUAGGCCCAGAGCCUGUUCACUUUCAGCUUAUUUUCAAAUUAAACACAUAAGAAAAAAGCACCAAAUUUAUGAACUUUAACACCUGGUAAUAUUUGCAUAGGUUUAGGUAAACAAACAAAAAAAAAUAGAAAAUAUUUGUUUCUAUCUCUGUCAAAGCAUCAAAGGCUGCUCUUCAUCCAAAAUCUAUGGAUUUGAAGUUCAGCAGAGUAUUAUAAAUGGAAAAAAUAUUAACUUAAAAUACUUUUAAAUAAUAAAAUAUGCCUGCUGGCUCAUCAGUAUAGUCUGCGAUGUAGGAAACUUCCCAUGUACCAAAUUCACAGAGAUUUAGCAUUUAUGCAACUGCAAUAUUGGAAUUGCUCCCUUGCACUAAAAACUCAAUCUCUUUUGGCUAAAUCCUCUUGGAUGACUGUUCAGAGCUCCAGAUUGCUCCAAAACUUUAAGUGGAAGGAUUUUAUUUGCACUUGGAAGUCCUUAUUGCUCUUUGCAAAAAAGCUCUGAAAUGUUAUGCCACCCACAUGUGCCAGUUUCUGCAGAACCCGUUCUAAAUAUGAAUGUUCUAAAUAUUUAAACUUAUUAAGGAAAUGCAGAAAAUUAUCAUCCACACUGAUGGUAUAUAUUUUGUGUGUAAAGUGUAAAUAUCUGACAGCAUCUACUGCAUUGUGCCUAAAAUGCUGAAUCAUAAUUCAAGCCAAAUUUUGCUGUUGGUAUUAGUUUAGUGACCUUCUAAGAAGAGCUAAAAUCAAUUAAGAAAAGAGGAAAUAAAAGCAUACCUGCUACAAGUAAGAAGGCAGGAAUGUGGAUUUUUCAAGCUCUUAUACUACAGCUGCAUUUGGAUUAAGCUGCUGCUGUGUUGAGACAUUAAGUGAAAUGGCAGCCCAUUCAUAGACCUUUCCUCUGUUACCUGAGGAGCACUCUGAAGUGUAAGAAAAAGAACACUUAUUUCAGCUUCAUCUAUCCUACUUUCCUGUAAGUCUCAAUCUUCAGUCCUGCCUAUAUGAAAGUGGGUAGGAGAAUCGGCACUGAUGUACAACUAGGAAAAUUUGCACUUAAGACUGAGAUCCCACAUCUCUGGCAUGGUUUUAGGAAAAGAACUGUUCAAGUUCUGGAACUGUGUGGAAUCACAGUAAAAGGAUAUCGUUAUGGAUAACCAGUGGAUAUAAUAAAUAGGAAUUGACUGUCAGCAUAGAAAGUGUUUUUACCAAGAUAAACAUUUUCUUUUAUCAGAUGUUGGCUAACUGAAAAGUAUACAGUGUUGACUAAGUACUUAGUAAAAUCAAGAGUGCUUCUUUGUACAAAGGCAGAAAAUAGUAACAGACACCUAAAAUGCAGUAACCUUUAAAAAAUUCCAAACAAAAGUGUGUGACAUGAAAUUCUGUGUGUCAGAUUUUGCUUAUCAUUAGUGAAGUUUAAAUACAUUCUGGCACUGAUGAGGAGCAGAUAGGAUGUGAUUUGUGUAGAACCAGUCCAUCAGUGCCACCAGCAGAAUCCCUCCAGAAGAAAGGUACAAAACCUGGUGUAGAUAAUGCCUUUCAACUCCUCCAAAGUAAGUAACCAGAAGACUCCUGAUCUGGGAAUUUUUGUGUCCAGGGCCAAAAUUGUGAUGUUUGAUGUAGAGAGAGUGUAUUAGCUCAGUUAAUAAUUAACAGGUAUGGAAGCUACAGGCUGUUAGAGUACUUCCUUAACCCAUGCAUUUUCAGGUAGGUAGCUCAUUCAAUACCAUUAAACUGCCAAAGGAUUUAUUGUAGAGCAGGCUUGAUUAGUUGAAUAAAAACAAUUCUUACAAAGGCUUAUAAUUGACAUUCAGCAUCUUACUGUUUCCGUUACCAAAAGUGAAGCCUGGGCAUAUAGAAAACAUGAACUUAAGGGCAAGCUUGGUGUUCUGAAGUGCACACACAGGUGUCACAAUAUUGACUGGUAAGUGUUUGGUACGCAGGGUUUAAAUGCUUCAACAAAAGUGAAAGAUAAACAAAGCUGUCUAAGCUAGUGCAGACAAAAGGAGAGGUCCACUAUUACAACGGGAUCUUGACAGCUGCCAAAUGGAAGAUAAGAGAUGAAAACACAAGGAAGAAGCAAAAGCCGAGUGAAAAGACUGAGUGUAUGACACAAAUUCAGCUGAAAAAGCAGCUCACUGCACAAGCAUCCAGAACAUCUGCAUUUUCUGAAACUUUGUUUCCUAUUACAGGAUUGUCUAUCAAAACACUCACUCUGAAAAUGUUCUGUUGCUUUGUUUUUGUCAGGAUGUCAAUAGCAAAGGAAGGGGAUUUUACAUGCAGGGAUUUUAUACAUAAAUAUAUUUUUAUUUGUAAUUAAGCCAUUCUCAAUAAAGGUUAAACUCACAAAUAACCAUGUAA